CAUGGCUGGAUUAUAGAAUGGCCAACGCUGCGAUUAGGACAUAUGCAAGGCGAGUUUAGUCCUGAUUAAAAACAUCCCAACAAUACAGUUGGAGGUGUUUUAGGGUUCGACGAGUCCCACGUUACGUUGUUUUAAAGAUGCAUAGUCUCACUAAAGCAACGCUGGUUUUAAAUGGAAUUGGGCAGCGGUGUGUUGCUGUGAAUCGUUUUUCAGGAGCAAGAAUCAUUUGCAGGGGACUCGCGUGUGCAGCAGAACAUGGGGAACAUGAAAAUUAGCUUUAUGAUGUCAUUAUAUCUGGAGGAGGAAUGGUUGGGACCACUAUGGCUUGGUCUUUAGGCACGGAUCCAAACUUGGAGGGGAAGAAGAUUCUGCUGCUUGAGGCAGGCAACAAAAAAGUGAUGGACAAGGUCCCAGAUGCCUAUAGUAGCAGAGUCAGCUCCAAGCCUGGCUCUGCCACCCUCCUCAGUGGUGUUGGAGCAUGGGAUCACAUUAUGAACAUGAGAUGUAAGCGCUAUCAGAAGAUGCAGGUUUGGGAUGCCUGCUCAGAUGCCCUGAUUACAUUCGAUAAGGAGAACCUGCAGGACGAGAUGGCAUACAUUGUGGAGAACGACAUCAUUGUGGCAGUCCUAACUAAACAGCUGGAUAAUCUCUCUGGUAAGAAAAGCAGCUUCAUGUACAGUCCAGUUGCAUUGAUGAUUUUCACAUGAAUCCCUCUCUAUGCACCAGCAGUGAUGUGACUCUCUCCUUAGAGGACCUCUUGAUUCCAUUGACAUCCUGUUAAUGAGCACUGGGUCUGGCAGCUCAUGUAAUGUCACCACAUUUGUUCCAUCCUGUCUCUGUGUUUUAUUUAUUUGUACUUUCCCCAGUGUCUGUUUUUAAAGACCAGUGCAGCUCUUGGACACAUCCAGGUUUUUCCUGCUAUUUCAAUCAAGUGCCAUAUUCCCUGUGUGCCAGUUAAAGCACUCCAUAGACCCAGUGCCAUGGGAAGACACGUGCAGUGGUCCAGUGACCUAUUUAAUAUUGACAUGUGCUUCCACACCAUGAGUGCUGAUGUUGUAUUGUUGCUGAAAUUAGACAGACUUUUUUGAGGUUCACAAAUGAAACUUGAGCACUGCCGUGUGAUCGACUGUAAAACUACAUAUUUAUAAACAGCCUUUUUAACAUUUUGCACUAAACAGAUUUUCCUUACGUGCAUCAUGUUGGUCCUCUACUUUCUUUUUUCUUCCUUUGUUCAUGAUGUUUCUCUGCUUCUGAGGAAGUACAUGAAAAGCAUGCACUGAGCCAGCUGGUUUUGUAGUAACUCUGCUCUCCAAUCACUGCAAGCCAAUAUUUGUCACUCGUGUUCAGGACUAGUAGUCAAUCUGCGGAUGGGAACCUCUUCAAGUGGGCAAAGCCAAGCGUAAUUCCAGAUCCUUUCUUGUUCGGGAUGACUGGCUACUGAUAUUCCAAGAAAGUGGGAGUUUUUAGUGCAACCCCAACAUGCUGGCAGCAAGUGGAAAGUGUGGCAUGGUCUGCUUGUAGAUAAACACUAUUAGUCAAUCCUAUGCGGCAAGCCAAGACCAUUUAGAAGAUUGUCAAUGUGAGCUUCGGCAACUGGUCCCUGCCAGAGAGGGAAACCAGUGGUGUUUUACGAGGUGGUUUGUAGAUCCUCCACUGCUUUAGUCACUUACAGCCAAACCUUACUCUCUUUUUUUUCCUUUUUGGAGGAAACAAGUAGCAAAGCCUUAAUUAGUGUGACCAAUGCUGGUCCCUUUCUUGUUUAGUGAAAAUAGGGGUACCCAUUUGACCUAAAACAAUUCUCUGUGGCGAACCCAGGCUCUGCUUUUGACCAGCUUUUUCUCAGUGUUUUGUCUGUCAGAUCAGGUGAAGAUCCAGUACAAAACCAAGGUGGUGAUGUAGACUUGGCCCAAGUCCCACCAGGUAGCUGAAUCCAUCCCCUGGGUUCAGGUCACCCUGGCCAAUGGACAGACGUUUCAAACCAAACUACUGGGCCGUCCAACAGCUGAGUAGUAACUCUUUUGUUUUAUGGAUGUUGUGAAUGUUAUUGUUUUUUAGCAUUUGACCAUGAUUCUCUAGGCUAUAACCACUGUGAUUGGCUGUUUUUCAGAUUGGAGCAGAUGGGCCAAAUUCGAUGGUGAGGCAGGAGGCGGGGAUACCCACGAUCAAGUGGAAUUACGACCAAUCAGCUGUUGUGGCUGUCCUGCAUCUGUCCGAAGUCAGAUGUACAUCUUACAACCUGUCAAUUUCACCAACACACCCUGUAUUACCAUAUAAUAACACCUAGAAGGGAUACUCAUUAUUUUCAUGUUUUACAGUAUAUACCCUUCUUAUACAGCCAACAGAGAACAAUGUUGCGUGGCAGAGGUUCCUUCCAACAGGACCCAUAGCAAUGUUACCGUUGUCGGGACACAGAGAGCUCUUUGGUGUAGUCGACCAGCCACCGCCGUGCUGAGGAGCUACUGCAGCUAGAUGAGGAGAGCUUUGUGGACACCAUCAACUCUGCCUUUUGUGAGUCAGGCCUGACCCUACCAAAUCAGCUAA